GCUAUCCCAGAAGAUGGCGGAGAGAGCAAAGAUGUGCCCCUUUCCUGUGCUGGUGCAGGGAGCCUGGGGGAGCCCCGAUCCCCCCAAAAUUUUGAGAAAUAAAAUCCUCCUCUACUUCCAAAGCCGGAAAAAAUCGGGAGGUGGAGAAUGCGAGAUCCAGAAGCAAGGGGGGCAGAUCUUGGUUUGCUUUGCCCAGGAGGAAGUGAGGCAAAGAGUUCUCUCCCAGAAGAUCCAUGAGUUUGAUGUGGAAGGAAGAGGAACACUAAAGCUGGAAGUCUCCCUGUAUGAAGCAACAGACCCAGAUAAAGAUAAUGCAGCUAAGGAGGAAAUAAUUCCUGGGAAGGUUCUGAGUGAAGAAGGCCAAGAAGAAGUACAAGACUGCCAAACAAAGAAUGAUACCCUAAGAAGUGGGCCAGCUGAGGAAGCUCCACGUGCUGAGAAGGAUAUUCUUGACUAUUCUCAAAGAUCUCCACUAGUAGUCCUUGAAAAUGUUGAAGAAAAUAUCCACCCGGACACAUUAAUGCUACUGGUGGAUAACAUCAGUGCUCUUUCGGGAGAUAGUACCUUCCAUAUUGAACAGAUAAAUGAGAAGAAGGCUGCAGUAGUAACCUUUCAGCAAAGCACUGCCGCUGAAAAUUUUCUCAAGCAAUGUGCCAAGAACAGCAGGUUCCAGCAGUAUAGAUUUACAGCCAGACCUCUCGAAUUGACUAAUGUAAUCAAAGUUGAGAAUAUUCCAGCUGCAACAUCCAGUGAAUUCCUAACUCUCUACUUUGAAAGUCCAAAACAUGGAGGAGGGCAGGUGUCCGAUAUUCAGAUGUUACCUACAGAAGAUUCAGCUCUGGUUAAAUUUGGUGAUUCUCAAGCUGCCCUGACAGCAUUGAAAAAGCAGCACUCAUUAAAUGGCCAGUCAGUCCUGGUUUAUCCAUUCUACAGUUCAUUGGAUACAGUUUUGUACGGAAAGGAGAAGCCACAAAUCAAGAUGCCGGAAUCAAUCAGUGUCCCUUUAGAUCCUUAUAUAUGGCAAUUUCUACAAGGAAAGAAUAAAUUAAUCCAAGAAAUAGAGAAAGAAAUGGCCAAUUGUUUCUGUGAAGUAAUAUGGCCCCAGGCAACUUGUGAGCAACCAGAACUCAUACUGUCUCCCUCCGCUAUCUUAGCUAAGAAAAGAAAGUCCAUAAAAGAAUUGGCUAGGUCUUGGAAAGAUAACGUUUCUGAGGAGUUUGCGUGCAUCCUGUCAAAGUUCGGGACAGUUAAAUGCAAAAUCAUUCCAGAAGCAUGGGAGACCCUUGAAAGCAAUUUGUUAAAAAAUGUAUUGGCCGUGCCGGACGACUCCAAAAAUUGUGUUACUCUAGCUGGUUUUGCAUUCACUGUGGAUAGUGUGGAGAAAGAGUUGAGGGAAUAUAUAGAACAUUUGACCAAGGAUGCUGAAAUAGCCGGGCAAACAUUACAGCAAACGUUGUCAAUUUCCCCAGUAAAGUAUAAAGUUUUGCAGCAUAUCUUGCUAGAAGAGAAUAUCAGUGAGAAAAACACUCGGCUGAAAUGGAGUUAUGAUGCUUCAACAAAGCAGUUGCAACUGAAUGGGAUACCUACAGAGGUUUACAAAAUGAAAAGUGACUUACUAGAGAAGAUGUUAAGGAUAGUGGAGAAAAAUGUCAAUAUUCAUCCUUCUAUUUUUCAAUUCCUACAAAGGGCAGACCCUGUUAAGUUGUGGAGCCUGUUUACAGCAAAUAAAAUUAAUGCUGCCUUUGAACUUACACAUGAUUCUAUAGCUUUGGUAGGAUAUCCCCCUGAAAGCCUCUUAAAAGCAGAGGAACAAAUAAAGAAAUGCUUGAAUCACAAAUGCAUUACAUUGAAGGAUCAGGAACUCAUCCACAGAAAGCAAUGGAAAGAACUAAUUAAACAUCUUCAGAAGCUAAAUAAUUCUGUUGAAGAAAGUGUAAUAAUUGAGGACUGGAUUGAUUUGGAUGGAGAUGCUAAAAUUAUUGUGGCUGGUUAUACAAAAGUUGUAGCAGAUGUCUACCAGCAACUUUCUGAUUUUGUUGUAAGAAACACCCACAUGCAAACAGUAAUUCCUGCCAGGUCAGUGGGUAUGGUGCAGUUUAUAGAGGAGGAAAAACAGAAGGUUUGGUGUGAUUUGAACAAGAAAGGCCUGAUCAUUAAUUUUGGACUCAGGCCAAAACAGAAGGACAUUGUCUUGAGUGGACCCAAAGUAGAAGUGACAGAGGCAGCAGUGAUGGUAAAACAAAUGCUGUCUUUACUGCACUCCGUGAAUGUAGUGUUUGAUAAACCUGGAGUGAAAGACUUUUUCAAAAACCAAGAACAUUACUAUGUUAACCAAGGGAAAAAAAAAUUCAACUGUUUGAUCAGAUUGCAAAGAGAUGAUGAGAAAAACGGAGGUUCUGUGGAAACUCUACAACACCUUCAAACCAAGGUAGACUUAAAAAAUGGUGUGGUGAUACAGGUCUGUAUGGGAGAUCUGACCCGUUAUCAAGCGGAUGUUGUGGUCAACGCAUCAAAUGAAGCACUGAAGCACAUUGGUGGCCUUGCCAAUGCUUUGCUAAAAGCGGCUGGCCCACAGUUGCAAUAUGAAUGUGAUGGUCUCAUACAGAAACAUGGAGAGCUGAAGCCUGGCUGUGCAGUAAUCACAGGAGCUUGGAACUUGCCGUGUAAACAGGUGAUUCAUGCUGUUGGGCCAAGAUGGACCAGUGCCAACAAAAAAAACUGUAUACAACUAUUAAAGAAAGCUGUAAGGGAAAGCUUAAAACUGGCAGAAAAAUUCAGUCAUCGCUCCAUAGCUAUCCCUGCCAUAAGCUCUGGGAUUUUUGGAUUCCCAAUAAAAGAGUGCACUCAUUCCAUUUUAACAGCCAUUAAGGAAACCUUAGAAGAAUUUUCUGAGAACAGCAGCCUGAAACAGAUUUGCCUGGUUGAUACGACCCCCAAAACAGUUCAGGCUUUUUCUGAUGCUUUACGCGAAGUGUUUAAAAGUGGACCACCCCAGCCCACAUCACUGUCUUCUCGAUCAAACAGUCAACGUAUGGAGAGUAAAGACGAUCUUGUAGUGACUUCUCAUGAAGGUCUGAAACUUAUCCUAGAAGAAAAAGGCAUCGAAGAUGCUACGACAGAUAUUAUCGUAAGCACUAUUGGCGAGGAUCUAAAGCUUGGCGUAGGCCCACUUUCAAAAGCUGUGCUGCAGAAGGCUGGAGUUGAGCUUCAAGAUGAGUUCCAUCAAAUGGUCCAAGAUCAAGGAGCCCUAGACAACUGUGUAAUUCCAACCCACGGGCAUAAUCUUGCCUGUCUUUUCUUGUUCCACGUUAUAGUUCCACAGUGGGAUGCAGGAAAAGGGAAUGCAAUCAAGAAACUUCAAAAUAUUAUGAGGAAAUGUCUAGAGAGGACUGAAAUGUUAUCAUUAAAGUCUAUCUCAUUCCCAGCCAUUGGGAGUGGAGGUUUUAAUUUUCCAAAUUCUGAGGUGGCUAAAUGUAUGUUUAAGGAAAUACUUACAUUCAGUAGAAAGAAGAAUUUCAAGUCCCUUCAGAAAGUUCAUGUUCUCCUACAUCCAAAAGAUAAAGACAAUAUAAAGGCAUUUACAGAGGUUUUUCAAUCUGGGAUUGAUGGUAAUGGAGGUUUCUUUGGAUCCCUUUCUACUUCAGCUUUAGGGAGUAAUGAAAUGAAGAUUGGAUCCAUUACCUUCCAGUCAAUGAUAGGAGAUAUUAUAAAGGAAAACACAGAUGUCAUUGUGAAUGUGACCAAUGAAAACUUUACAUCCAAAUCAGGUGUCUCCAAAGCAAUUUUGGAAGCUGCAGGACCUGAAAUUGAAGCAGAAUGUGUAAAACUUGUUCAUGGAGAAGUUAUCAUUUUCAUUUUUCCAGCCUCUCAGCCUCACAAUGGAUUUGUAACAACACAGAAUGGCAAACUAACCUGUAAAAAAAUUAUCCACCUGGCUCCUUGCUCCAGCAUCCAAAUACUGGUCUCCAAAGUUCUUCAGGAAUGUGAAGCAAAACAGUAUGCCUCUGUAGCCUUCCCUGUAAUUGGAACAGGUCAAAGAAGAGGGAGUCCUGACGAAGCAGCUGAUGAUAUCAUCAGUGCAGUUGCUGACUUUGCAGGAAAACAGUUGCCUCGAUACUUGAAACUUGUUAAAGUUGUUGUUUUUCAGCCACAUAUGCAAAAAUCCUUUUCCACCAUUUUGGAAAAUAAAGGUCAGACAUUGCCCAUUUCUGAAUCUAUGUCUUCUAAGUUUAAAUUUAAAGUAGUGAGUUCAUUUACUUCACCUGCUAAAAAGAAAAGUUUUAUAGUGUUGGAAAAGAAGAUUGAGACGUCAUCUUUUGAGAUAUGUGGCGAAAACUGGAAAAAGGUGGAAGAGGCUGAAGGCUGGCUAAGAAAAUUGAUUUUCAAGGAACAGACAGAAAAUCUCAUUGUUGAUGAGUUGAUAGACACAUUUGCUGAUGCCGAAAUCAAGAGACUGAAUGACCUCCAGAAAAGAUUGAAUAUUGCCAUCCAUCUGAACAAGACGGAGUCCCCUCCUUUUAUUUUGGUAUCUGGUAUCCCCCGGGAUGUCCUCACUGCUUUCACAGAAAUCCAGAACCUAUUAAAAACACUUAAAGCUGACCAGGAAAAGAAAUCCAAGGCAGAACUUGUUAACGUUUUGGUUGAGUGGCAGUUUUUUGCAUAUGGAAAUGUCUUUCUACCUUUUGAUACAUUAAGUAACCUUGAUUUAGAAGAUGCUAAAAUCAGCAAAAAGGGACAAAUUCAGAUCCAAAUACAGGGACAGAAAUACACAGCCGACCUGAACAAGAUGUGUGUUGUAGACAGCCAAGGAAAAAGUAUGAAAAUUAAACGUGUUGGAAAGGAUGAAGGCAAACUAUUAGAACAUCUUCCUGAACAUUGGGAAGAUAUGAAAGGAAAUCAUGUCAAACUGGUUCCACUACAGCCCACAGCAGGAGAAUAUAAGGACAUUGUAAAAAUAUUCCAGAUUGGCUGCCCUACGUUCACAAUUGAAAAGAUUGACAGGGUACAGAAUCCUUACCUCUGGCAAGCCUAUCAAGUCAAGAAAAAGCAAAUAGAUACACAAAAUGGGCAUGGAAACAAUGAGAAGAUCCUUUUCCAUGGGACUUCCUUUUCCACAGUGGUGUCAAUUUACCAGACUGGCUUUAACCGCAGUUAUGCUGGAAAGAAUGCUGCAUCAAUUGGUAAUGGGACCUAUUUUGCUGUCUGCUCAAAUUAUUCUGCGCAGGAUGCCUUCUCCAAGCCAGACGCAAAUGGCAGAAAAUAUAUGUACGUUGCCCAUGUUCUGACUGGAGAUUAUUGUAUUGGAAGCUCUGGACAGAUUAUACCUCCACCCAAAAAUAAUGGCGGGUUUGACCUAUACAACAGUGUAACUGACAACAUGAAUCAACCAUCAAUGUUUGUUAUCUUUCACGAUGCUCAGGCUUACCCAGAAUAUCUAAUUACUUUUAGAAGAUAGGUUAACAGGCAAAACGUGAUUUAUUUCCCUUUCUUCUCACAUUAAAAGCAAGUAGUUUGAAUGAACCUUUUUAAAAUACUUGUCACUUGAAUCUCGAUUCAGUAUUUAGUUCCUCUCUAGAGUGGAAAAGACUAAAAUAAGUAAAAUCCAGUAAGAGGUCAGAAAAUGAUAUUCAAGAGAGGAUAGAACAUGAUUUUCUGGAUAGAGAACGUAUUUGAAGAAAAUGAUAGAACUAAGCAUUGCAAUCGUGUAAAUGCAAUGAAGAUAUAUAGAUAAUCCUCGACUUAAGGAACGUUUUGAAGUCUACUUAAUACUGAUCAGAUUUUCAAAGUAUCCCUUUCAGUUUCAAUGAAAGUCAUUUUGUACUUCAAAUGAAAUAAAACAAUGGGUGCUUUUUCUAGAGGAAGACACUGAUGCUUAAAACAGCCAAAUCAGUGUUUUCUCUUUUUUUUUCCUGGUGGUUCUAUCCAUUCUGAAUUCUGAAUUUUGCUAUCAUGUCACUUUCUGUGUCCUCCACCAAUUUAUCUGUUUUUUCCAGGAGCAUUCAGCACCUAUUUCUGCAUUUCUCUCUGGUUAUAAGCAAGUUAUGAGUGAGAAUUUUUUUGUAUUAUUUCUGGAAAAGUGGUUGGCAACACCUAUCUAUCAAUUAAAUAUGCCUAUUAUUGCUUGAGAAGGUAGUAAGAAAACAACAUUUAAUUGUAUUACUAGUUUCCAUCUCGUCCUUAAUCCAAAAUGGUUCCAUGCUUAUGGUAUUUAGAAGAGAACGGCUUAUGAGAAAUUUUACUAUCAAAUGGUGUUAAAAUAAAAGCCAGUUUUGCUUUACGACAUUGUG